CAUGUCGAGGAAACGCCAGCCGCCAGCGGGUUCUUGGGAGAUCCAGAGGCUCGGAUCGGAAGAGGCGCUGAGGUGCCCGCUGUGUCUGGAGACAUUCGAGACGCCACGGGCUCUCGCUUGCCUGCACACGUUCUGUGAGCCCUGUCUGGAAUACUACAUACAGGACCUUAAGUCGUCGGUGAAGGACGGGAAGUUGGACAAGAUACAGUGUCCGAUCUGCAAACACCAGACGGUGCCGCCGGAUGUGCUUAAACACCCACAUGCCAUGGUGAAAGAUUUCCCGCUCAAUCAUUAUAUUCUUCCGCUCCUGGAUGGGUUAACACCUCGGGGCCGCUCGCGAGACGCCGCACGCGGGAAACGCGGCGUGAAUUUCGUGCAGUGUUGCGGCUCCUGUACCGAGAGAGGGCGCGCGGUGGAGGCGGUAGCGUAUUGUCAAGACUGCGAGGAUUUUCAGUGCGCGGAAUGUAUCGAAAACCAUACGAAAAUUAAAAUGCUCUCGAGUCACCGCAUAAUUGGUACAGACCGCAUGGCGAACGGAUCAGAGACGGCGAAAUCGCUGGAGAAGCAUAAUAUUUGCAUCUUCCACCAGAAUCAAGAUGCGAGGUUUUAUUGCGCCAAUCAUGACGUGCUGCUGUGUAGCGAUUGCACCAUAGCGCGCCACAAAGCUUGCGAAAUCCUUACUGAGUUCGAAGAUCUUGGUCUAAAGAUUAAACAAGGCGAUCAGCAGAAGAAACUAAAAGAAAACAUGAAAGGCCUUCAGAAGGGUCUUAACGACAUGAUCGAAGCGAUGCGGACAAAUAAUUAUGGACUCAAGCGAGAAUCGGAAGAAAUUCCAAAAAGGAUUCAAAACAUGAAGGCAAAGGUUAUACGUUUGUUCCAGUACCUGGAGGAAACGGCGGACGAGAAGAUACUCAAUUUCAAAGAAGAAUACUUCAAAAGAAACGCGGAAAUGGCUUACAGGUUCAAGCAGCUUCUCGUUUCCAUCGAGGCUUCAAAUGCCGCCAUGGAGACGGUUCUCGAACACGGGACCUACCAGCAGAUGUUCCGGACGUUCCACAAACUCAAGGCGCAGCUCCAGGAGUACGACGACAUGGUAAAGGUCGAGAAGGAGAAGCUGACGUGCGUCACGAUACAACUGAAGAUGGAGGAUGCGCUCGAUACCGUAGUCAGCGCUCUCGACCAACUAGGCGACGUCUUUAUACAGAGUAUCAAGCCAGAUCUCGCCGAGCUUCCGCCUUUGUUGUUCGCGAGACGAGAAGAUAGCUUCGAUGAUCUCAAGCCGGAACUCGUGAAAACUGCGCUGCUGAAGACGCCCGAUGUGAACAUAACGAGGGACUGCAUCGCAGCAACGUACAUGGACAAGAAACUUGCGCUGGUGUUUGAAGUAAAGAACAGGACAUGGUUUUCAUACACACUUUCGCUGGUUAGCACCGACAAAAUGGAAGAAAUCCACACACAGGAUCUGAAAAGGGACCCAAAGAACAUCAUAUGCAUCGAUUCCAACAACCUGGCAAUAACGUUCCCUAAGGGCGGUUUCAUAGAAUUCUACCUGUUUACAGCCAGACGGAAAAAGAAACCCAUGAAAUUAGAGCUGAAUCACACGGUGAAAUGCGACAUUCGUGACACAAUUGUGACCAGAUACAACAAAAAAGAGUUCGCACUGAGUACAUGCAACCAUUUCGGGACGAUGACGCACGAGGGCGUGGUGCAGCAGAUGUUCUACUACAGCAUCAGCCUGCGUGUGCGCGAGACGGACUUCUGGUCCACCCAGUUGAUUGUCGAACACAUUGUUGUGGAUUUCAAAAAGAAACGAGUAUAUGUAGCUGCAAGUAAGCCAGACAAGUUAUUUUCAUUUACCACGCGCGGUGAAGUCAUGUUUGACCUCGCUUUUGAUUGGCCAAUCAAGUGUCUCGAUCUUGACCCGGAAGGAAACGUCAUAGUCUGCAGCGGCACAGAAAGCGCAGGAAAAGUGAGCGAAAUAUCACCGAACACGGGGAAACUGUUGAAAGUAGUUGCAACAAACGAGACGCAUACUCCGCAGCUCACGUGUUAUAAUAAAAAAGGAAGCGACUUCUAUCUUAUUCAGAAUGGAAAGAAAACACGGCUAGACAAAUACCGAUAUAACAUAAAUGAGGACGAAGAUUUGUUUCACGACGACUAG